AUGUCAUCUAAACGUGAUUUCCAUAAUGUCAGUAAUUUAGUUCUCGGUUGUGGGACGUUCAAUCAUCAAUACAAUGAUGAUCCUACUGAAGUUCCCGUGAAACAACUUCUUGAAUUAGCAAUGAAAUCUGGAGUCAAUACCAUAGAUACUUCCCCAUACUACGGACCCAGCGAAUUACUUAUUGGACAGGCAUUAUCACAAAUGUCUUGGAAGAGAUCCGAACUGACCAUAUGCACCAAGGUUGGACGUGUGGAAGAGGAUGUAUUUGAUUAUACUGCGAAGGGUGUAAGAGCUAGUGUGAUGCGUUCUUUAAAAAGGUUACUUGGUGGAUCUUUUACCUCCGAAGAUAACAAAUCAUGGUACCUUGAUAUUGUGUAUUUACAUGAUGUUGAGUUUCAAACAGUAGAACAGGGAUUAACAGCAUUACGUGAAUUAAGGGUAUUACAAAAGGAGGGAUACAUUCAUCAUAUUGGAAUUUCAGGUUAUCCAUUGGAUUAUUUAUAUAAAUUAGCUUUAUUAUGCGUUAAGGAUUCAAAUAUCGGUCCAUUAGAUUGUAUGCUAUCAUAUUGUAAUUUAAACUUACAAAACAUUGAUCUACUGAAUUAUUACGAUCUUCUUAAAGAAGAAUGUCAAAUAGGUCAAAUAGCCAAUGCAUCUGUCCUUUCUAUGUCCUUAUUAAGAGAACAAGAAACUAGAUAUUUCCAUCCGGCAUCACCAGAAUUGCAAGAGGCUGUUAAAUCGGCAGCUACAUAUUGUAACCAGAAGGACAUGACCUUGGCUGAUUUAGCUGUCAAAUACGCAUUAGUUCAAUGGAACUUGCGAGGCCCCACAGUCAUUGGGUUCAGUAAUGUAGCUGAAUUUCAAGAGGCAUUCAAAAUUUAUACGACAUUGUCUCAGGAUGGUUACACCUUGACGGAAUCGGAACAACAAGCCGUUUCACAUAUACAACAUGAAAUACUUGGAACUCAUUUCAAUGAGAAAUGGUCAUCAGGUAUCACCCAUCCAGACAGUUGA